CAACAAUAUAACCCUUGGACUCAGCAGUGUGCCUUAAGGAAGCCAUGCCUUUUUUGGGCCAGGACUGGCGGUCUCCAGGGUGGAGGUGGAUUAAAACCGAAGAUGGUUGGAAGCGAUGUGAGCCUUGCAGCUCAGAACUUGAGGAUGAAGACAAUCGGCUUAAUGAUAUCAGCCAUACUGUCAUCCUGAAUAAUGAUGAAAUAUACACUGCUGAUUGUGAAUUUGCAAGCAAGAAAAGGAAAAAGGAUCAUUUUAGGAACAAUGCGAAAUCUCAGUGUUUCUUUCGUGAGAAAUGGAUAUAUGUUCAUAAAGAAAGUACCAGAGAAAGGCAUGGCUAUUGCACUUUGGGAGAAGCUUUUAAUCGCUUAGAUUUUUCAAGCGCAAUUCAGGACAUCAGAAGAUUCAAUUACGUGGUCAAACUCUUGCAGUUAAUAGCGAAAUCCCAGCUGACGUCGCUGAGUGGUGCUGCUCAAAAGAACUAUUUCAACGUCUUGGACAAAAUUGUUCGAAAAGUUUUGGAAGACCAGUAUAACCCACGUCUAAUCAAAGACCUUCUUCAGGAUCUGAGCUCUACACUCUGCAUAUUAAUAAGGAGCGUAGGAAAGUCAGUGCUGGUAGGAAACAUAAAUAUUUGGAUUUGCCGACUGGAAACGAUCCUCUUGUGGCAGCAGCAGCUCAGUAAUCUUCAGAUGACCAAGCAAAUCAAUGAUGGACUUACACUCAGCGAUCUUCCUUUACAUAUGUUGAACAACAUCUUGUAUAGAUUCUCAGAUGGUUGGGACAUCAUUACUUUGGGCCAAGUGACUCCCACAUUAUAUAUGCUCAGUGAAGACAGACAGUUAUGGAAAAAACUCUGCCAGUACCAUUUUGCUGAAAAACAGUUCUGUAGGCAUCUUAUUCUGUCUGAAAAAGGUCAUAUUGACUGGAAGCUGAUGUACUUUGCACUUCAAAAAUGCUAUCCCAUAAAGGAACAAUACGGAGACACCUUGCAUUUUUGUCGUCACUGCAGUAUCCUCUUCUGGAAGGACUACCACCUUGCUUUGUUACUCAAGGAUACAGGACAUCCCUGCACAGCCAAUGAUCCCAACAGCUGCUUCAUGCCAGUGUCUCCUCAGCACUUCAUAGACCUCUUCAAAUUUUAAGUGCAAUCCAUAUAUAUUUUUUCGCCAAUUCUUCGCUUUCCUUUUGCAGAGCCAUGCAGUUAUAUGUAUAAUGCUUUCUGUGCAAUAUUUCUCUGAAUGUGCAUUGUAGUUAAAAAGAGAUGUAGUGGGGUCAAAAAGGAGAGGAUAUUGACCAGAGCAUCUCUUAAAAUGUUAUGUUUUCAGAAAGAAAACUGACGGGAAGUCACUUUUAUGUACCAUGAAGGGGGUGGUUUCUACAAAAGGAAUCAAUGGCGUUGAUCAAGUUUGGGAAUUUCGAUCCAUCAGUAAUUUAACAUUUUGUUAGGACCGUGGUGGAUUUUGAGUGGGGACAAGCAGGCAGUUUCAUGGAGGUGAGGUGACCAAAAACAACUUGCUUACUUGAUCCUUUUCUGUUCACUUCCUAUUCCAAAUGUACGCAGUUGGCAUGUCCUAUAAAUAUUCAGAGGAGCCUCGUUGGGCUUCUUUGUACAUAUCAUGUUGACUGUGGGUGUUGCACGUCAGUAAAACGUAGUUGUGCAUACCUGUUGGGCAUCCUCUGAUGAAAGAAGCCAACUCAGUUUUGUAAAUACAUUAUGCAGAAUAUUUAUUUUCUUAAAAUAUAUUUUAUUAAUUAACGUCAAAUCUAUCUAACUGUGUCCUAAAUAAUGUGAGCUGCUGGCUUCUGAAAUGAGAUGGGAGUUGUUAGGCAGUGGUCACACUGGUUUGUGUGGUGUGUGUGUGUGUUUUUAUUCCUUCAAUUGAUCUACUGAUAGUCUUAACUUGCCAUCAGGCUUCUAGAAAAAAAGAUCUUACAGAGAAAUAAAAGUAUGCUACUAUGAUCUGUUAACAACAGCACUACAUGGUACCAAUUGAGGUUCUGCAGUGGAAACUCUGCUAACUCGGGCGAAGAUGAAGAUAGGCUGAAGUGGCUAGACUUCUCUUGGAAGCUACUCUCUGGCUCUGCAGAUAUGAAAGGGGAUGGGUGGGAGAUCAAUGUAGGGACAAACUUAUAAUGACUUGCAGUGUGUUCUGGAAGUCUUAAACAAUCAUUUCAAUAUAAUGUAAUGUACCAAUGAAUACAACCCUUACAUUAUAUACCACGUUGUGUUUUGAAUCUAGUUUUGUACACAAAUAAAUCAUGUUCUUGCCUUUUAA